CACAUGAUUCAGGGGUGAUAUUGUAUGGAGAAAUUUGAUGCCAGUCACUCUUAGUGGUUGAAGUGUUUAGUGUUAAAGGGUUCACUGCUACACAUGUAAUUAGGAAAUUUGAUAUGUACAUAUUUAUGUAAGAACAAUUUUUUUUUAUCGUAGGUAGUCACAUCCUUUACUAUUCUUAACCCAAAUAUACAAAUGUGAUGUGCAAUAUUUUACAUAUUUAUUAAGAGAUGUUGGCAGUAUGAGGGACACAUCACAUGUCACCCUCCCAAUAAUCUACUGAAAAAUAAUUAAACAGGCUACAUUUGUUCAAAGGUUGGAUAACGCUAUCCUCUGUAUAAAUCUAUAUCUGCUGGAUAGUGCUGUACAUUUUGUUAUCACUUAUGUGCUGGAUAGUGAUUUAUUCAAAGGAUAGUAUUAUUUGCCCUUUGAAAAACUGAACCCAGAUGAAUAAAAACAUACACAUGAUGCUGCACAGAAAAAGGUAAUUCAAGCUUGGUUUUUUUCAUUGACUGGUUACUGUGUAUGUCCUUUUAAAUCAAACCGCAAUCUCCUUUUCAACCGAGUUGUAAACUGGAACGAGGCGCGAAAUUUCAAAUGAUGUGAACGGGGAGGCUACCAAGUUCAAGAUGGCGAGUUUGUGAUAUUGUUUUAGUUUCCUCUUUUCAAUCGAAAUACCUGCACGUAAACUCAUGCGAGUAUUAUGCGUUAACACCAGUCCUAACAAACUUCAUAUAAAUAUAGCAAUUUCCUGCCAUGGAUGUUGAAACGGAAAUAUCUUUCUUAAGUUCAUCGUCAUCGCAAAAUGGUUUCACUACUGCCUGUUGUGCAAAACGGCAGCGAACAGAGGAAAGAGAUGAACAAGAGGUUAUGAACUUGUCACGCGAUGAUUUCGAUCGCCCAAACAAAAAUGGUUCUUUGUUUCAUAAGAGAACCAACAUGCCCACAAAUUAUUGGACGUCAACUUCGCAUUCUCCCAAAAAUUUUUUGCUGAUCAGUGCAAAUGGAUUGGUUUAUGAGUCCGAAGAUUUUCUGCCCAAGGGAGAAACCUUGUAUAAGCCCUUGAAAGAGGAAGUAAUCAUCAAUACAAGGAAUAUCGAGCAGUUCACGUUUACAAAUGGUUCGUUCUUCAUUGGCGAUGAGUCGUCAAGGUUCAACAGGACAGUACAAGGUGUCUCUCUGAAUAUGUGGAGAUUUGACAAUCAAGCAAAGAAGCUUUACAUUUCAAGAUCAUUUGUGUUUACAAAUCUGCAGGAAGCACAGAACAUAAAAAGAAUUUUGGAAACCAUGUAAAAAGGAAUUUAAUAACAUUGUUUUCUAGGACAAGAACGGAGGAGGACAUCUUAUAAUUUUUAAGUAUUCAUGUUAAAGUUUAGUUGGAAUGAAAAAGUUGUAAAGCAUUUCAGUUAUAUUUUUGAUAAUACUUUUUAAAGGGUUUUUAAGGGAAGUCAGAAAAUAGCAAUGGAUUAAAAAAAAAAUUAAUCUGAA